AUGAACCCACUAUUUUCAGUGCUCUCCGUGGUUACUGCCUUGAUUACAGUUUUGGAAUACACCGAGGCUGCCGUCGUAGGACUCUAUCCACAGCGCAAUGAUGGCUCGAUACCAACACCCCUCUCGUUCCUUUUUGGAAGAGGCAUUGGACUGGAGGACGAGGAGACCGAUGGAUCAAGCCUUAUGCAGCAACUGAGAUAUCUAUCGGAGCCACGAGAAGUAGACAACGAGCCCCACAGCUUUAUGAUGGUCACCACUUCAACCUUCAGCACAGAUAACAUGUCGGGAUCAGAUCCAUUCGGCGAGCAGGCCGAUUCUCCAGGCGUUGUCAGUAUCGACAUGACCAUAAUUCAGUUAGACGAUUCACCAGCUAUGGAAUCCCGCAAGGUUGCAAGACGCUUCGCAUCCAGAGGUGCUUUAUCUAUCGACGGACGAUACCCCUCGUAUGCUGCCGCCGCGGCAGCUUCCAUGGAUUCAAGCGAUGAAUCAGCUUCAAGCCGGUCCGCGCCUCUCAUCCAAAAUACACGGGCCGGUAAACUUGCUCAAGACCGAGGUUCCGACACACAUCAAGACUCGUGGAAAAUGAUGAACGCGAAGAACACCCAAGUCCCCCUAUCUAUCCCCACAGGUGCCUCCCGCACGCAGAAAGCCGGAAAACCUCAACAUUCAUACUCAAAGGCCUCGUUCCCUGCAAAGAAGGAUAUCCCACAUCCUUUCACCGCACCUGCAAAGGAACAAAUCGUGAUGAAAUCCAGCCCGACUUUCGACAACACUUCUCAUCACUCGCAGCUCUAA